GAACAACACCAGGAAGAAAGAAAGGUCAUAUCAAAUUCUCCAAUCCUCAUAUUUAUUCAUCUGAUGAAGAUAUUUAUAAUCUUAAUAAUAAUAAUAAAGAGUAUAGUGAGAAGAAAGGUAAAAAGAAGAAGAAACGUACUUCAAUGAAAAGUAAGACAAGAGCUGAUGGUCACUUCCCGGUUUCUGAUGAAACUUCUACUACUAAAAUCUCACCUAUUGGUCCUUCCUCAUCUUAUCAUCAACUUGAACAUGUCGUAAAUAAUCAAAGUUUGGAAGAAGCUAAAUCCUUAUUCACACAAUAUGAAGAAGAUGAAGAAAACAUUGAGGAUGAUGAUGAAAAUUUGGAUGGUGAAUCGAUCAAAUUUACUCGAAAAUUAAGAAGACGUAGUAAGACCAGAGAUAAGCUCGAAAAGGCCAAGGAACAACUCAGACAAAGUUACAUGGUAAUAAAGAAUGGAGGUUCUUUACAUGAUGAUCCUAUUUUAAGUCAAUUAAUAAAACAACCUUCAUCAACUAAGAGUGAAAGUUAUAUUGAUCAAAUGAUUUCUAAUCAUCAAAAAGAAAAAAGAAGAUCAAGCAGUGUAUCCUUCAGUGAACUUCAAACCGUUGAAGUACCCGAAUGGCAAGAAUCUAAUGCACCACAACCUACUCGUCGUACUUCAAAUUCAAGUCGUUCUGUUUGUUUCUCCGAUCGACCAAUUUCUCCUUGUUCAAGUAAAUCUUCUCAAGUUUCUUCUCAAGAUAGCGGUUGCUCCUCCCAACAACAACAAAACGUUAUUGCUCUCACCCGUAUGUUGCAUCAAAUUCAAGCUGAUAUCGCUGUUAAAGAACAACUUGUUUCACAAUUGGAACGCGCUGAGCAAGAAUAUACUUAUAUGAGAGCUCAAUAUGAACAGAAAUUGGCUGAUAUGCAAGAAGCUUUAAUUAUUUUACAGCAAGAAAGAAAUGUUGCUGUUAAACGUGCUCAAAAUGCUAAUACUGGUGUUAGCACUCGUGAUAAGAAUCCAAUCCUUGCCGAACUCAAAGCCCGUUUUGAACACAAAAUGAAACGUUUAAUUCAAGAAAUUGGUGAACUUCGUCGAAAAUAUAAUGAAGCUACUCAAUCUAAUACCACAUCAAAGAAUCAAAAUGAAACAAUGCUCAAGAUUAUGCGUGCUCAAAUUGAACAACUAAAAAGUGAAAAGAUGCGAGCGAUGAAACGUAUGAAAGAUGAAGCUGAACGUGCUCGUGAAAUGACUGAACGUAAUAAACGUGAAAUUCAAAACCUUCGUCGUAAAGAAAAAUCUGCUCGAGUACAAAAGAAACGUUUUGAAAGAACUAGUGAAAGGCAAAAGAUCAUGCUUGAAAAGAGACGGAAAGAAUUUUUACAAACAAAUAGUAAACUUAAAUCAGUUAUGUCAUUACUCAAACGAAUCACUACUCCAAAAUCAAUCAUAAAGGCUAUCCGUAAUCACAAACGACAAUCAAUAUCUAAUAAUACUGAAGACGGAAAGGAAACGAGACGAUCCUCUGAUGAUUUAAGUCCUAUCUAUGAUGAA